CUACAAGAACCCCCAAAUCCUCACCGUCGUCGUUCAGCGGGAGGAAGACGAUAACCAGACCCUCUCUCUCUCUCUCUCUCUCUUGGAAAAUUUGGUUCGGCGAUGGCGAGGCCGGAGAAGGAUGCGAUCGAGAUGUUUAUGAGCAUCACGGGCGCUACCGAAGCGGUGGCGUUGCAGCUGCUCGAGGAACAUGGUGGCGAUCUCAAUCAAGCUGUCAAUGCGUUUUUUAGUGAAGGGGAAAGGCGCAUUGAACAGCCAGCUAUUCCUGCACCUCAAGAUGAUUUCAUGGAUGUGGAUCCAGUAGAGAGAGAACCUCAACGGCUUCCAGGACCAUCUCUUUUUGCAGGUUCUAGUUUGAAUCCGUUUUCACUCCUAGACGCAGACUUUGUGAAAGAUUUCUUUGAUGGGAGAAGUACCACGGAUUUUCAAGGCCGUAGACCCUGGGUUUCAGAACCCAGAGAAGUCAGGGAAAUCCCUAUAGAGUUUAAGGAUGGUGGAGGGCAGUCUGGUCCUUCAGGGACUGGGCCUACCAUUGAGGAUAUCUCUGGAAGUGUGGAUUUACAUGUGCCAGAAACUUAUGGGACUGUAACAGUUGCUGAUGAUGAAGAUGAUGAGGUUCGAACCACCACUCCACAAGUUAACCCUGCAGGUCGAAAUCUAAAUGCGAACAAUAGUUUGGAUGGUGCCUUUGUUGAGAGAUUUCCUCAACCAAGUGCUCCACAGUUGACCAAUAUUACAGACAAUGACAUUGAGGAAGAGAUGUUGCAAGCUGCUAUUGAAGCUUCAAAAAAGGAAGCAAACAACGUGAUGCUUUCUGGCAUUGUUGAUGAGUCAGCUGGCCCUCAAUGUAGACAAAUUCCCCCUGUUACGGAAGAUGAUGACCUUGCACGGGCUGUCUCAUUAUCGUUGAAGACAGCAGAGCAAGAGAAGGCACUCCGUGAACAGAGGGGCACAAAUGGAGUGUUAGAGAAGGAGCUAUUGAAUGUGCCUGACUUUGAAGAUGGAACCUCUAAUGCAGAUGGAAGGAGGCGCCAUAUUGGUAUGUCAAAGGGAACUUCGAGUCGUAUCAAUGUGGAAGAAGGAAGUUUGUCCAACGAUGAGGCAGAGGAACAGCCCUUGGUUAGGAACAGGUCAAGGCGUUUUGCCUCUAGACAUGCAGACGCUUCCAGUGAAGCUGAUCAACUGCCAGAAACACCAUCGUCAACUACUGAACCAAAUCAUGUUUCUACUCAUUCUCAGGAUAACAUCGACGAUUUUCAUCCUGAUGAGUGGGGAGGUAUAUCUUCAGAAGAACAUGAUGAGGCAGUCAUGCUUGAGGCUGCACUUUUUGGUAGAAUACCUGAGGGAGCUGCAUACCGAUUUGGAUAUCCAUCUGAUCAAGGUGCACCAAUUGCUUCAGACAGCAGCAUUCCCUCAUACACUUGGCGUGUACCAAGGCCACCUUCUCCUACCCUUACAGCACAACGUUUACUUCGAGAACAACAGGAUGAUGAGUAUAUGGCAUCACUUCUAGCAGACCAGGAGAAAGAAUUGAAAGCCAGAGAGGAAGCUGAAAGGCGUCAUUUGGAAGAGGCAGCUGCUAGGCAAGCUGCUAUUCAAGAAAAAAAACAGCAGGAGGAAGAGGCUUGCAGAAAAUUGGUUGAGCAACAGGAACUGGAGAGGCAACUUGUAGAGAAAGAAGCUUCCCUUCCUCAGGAGCCUUCCUCAGACAAUGAACUUGCAGUAACACUUCUUGUAAAGAUGCCAGAUGGUAGCCGCUAUGGCCGACGUUUCCUGAAGUCUGAUAAACUUCAUUCGCUUUUUGAUUUCAUAGAUGUUGGAAGAGUGGUUAAACCUGGCACCUAUACACUGGUUAGGCCAUAUCCUCGACGCGCCUUCAGUGAGGCAGAUAAAGAGUUGUCACUGAGUGAGCUAGGUCUUUCCAGUAAGCAGGAAGCUCUCUUCUUGGAACUGUUAUAGCCAAUAGCAUCCUUUACAUCAUAUACAAGGUAGAAAAUUGGAAAUACCUUCUGUUAUUCCUCUCCGGAGGUAUGCGGAGCUGGAAAUUCAAAGUUUGUCAAGUUAUGUCCAAAAAAAGAAACAAUCCAAAAAUUAAAAGGCCUGUGAGUUGCACAAAAAGUACACUUCCAUUCUGUGCAUCAGCAGCUAUUCGUUCCUGAUAUUCUCUCUUUUUACUUAUUCAAUCUUGAAAUUAUUUACUUCAA